CAGCACUUGUGGGCUGGCACGAGGUGUGAGUAGUCAGCUGCCCGGUGGUUCAGACCCCGUCGGCCUACUAUUGAAGAGUUUCUGCAUUGUUGCCAUUCCUGCUGGGGGUAGCUGAUAGCACAACUGAAAGGUCUGUCUUCAGAUGGCAGGGGGAAUCUUCUCCAACUUGAGCAACCCAUGUGAUGUGGAUUGUGUAAAUGUCCACCCUCUGGUGUGUCAUCUGUGCCAUGAGCAGUACAAAUCUCCCUGCUUACUGGAUUGCUACCACAUUUUCUGUGCUCGCUGCCUGCGAGGUCGGACCAAUGACUGCCGCCUCAGCUGCCCCCUCUGUGGAUACCAGUCAACAGUUAAAGGAAAUAAUACCCUUCCCCCUGAGGAUCGAUUGCUGAAGUUCCUUGUUGACAACAACACAGACAGUGAAGAGACUGUUCAGUGUGCCAACUGUGAUCAGGAAUGCAACCAAAAGGAUACAGGAGUGAUGUACUACUGUAACACUUGCAGUCAGCCCCUUUGCUCAAUCUGCAGAGAGUUGACACACAGAGCCAGAAUGUUUUCUCACCACGACAUUGUAUCGUUGGCCAAACGCACCAAAUCCAAACACAGAAAGUGCCCUCUCCACGAGGAGCCUUACAUCCUUUUCUCUACGGAGAAUAAGUCCAUGCUUUGCAUCAAGUGUUUCAGGGACAUGCAAGUGGAGGGUCGAACUCAUUGCAUUGACAUUGAAACAGCUUACGGACAGGGGUGUGAGAUGUUGGACCAGGCGGUGCUGGUGGUGAAGGAUCUGCAGAGUUCAACUGGAGAGGCCAUCCAUCUGCUGAGAUCAAUGAUAGGGGAAGUGCGUCUGAACGUGGAGGAAGAAGAAAGUGCCAUCUGUAGUCUGUUCAGCAGUUUGCAGGAAAAACUAGCCGAGAGGAAAAAAAUUCUGCUGAAAGCAGCUCAGAGCCAACACGAGGAGAAGGAGAAAGCCUUAAAGGAACAACUGUCACACCUUACUGCUCUCCUACCAACCCUACAGGUCCACUUGGUCACCUGUUCAGCCUUCCUCAGCUCAGCCAACAAGUAUGAGUUUUUGGAUAUGGGUUACCAACUCAUGGAGAGGCUGAAGAAGAUUGUGAAGCUUCCUCAUCGACUGCGGCCAGUGCAGAGCAGCAAAAUCAACACCGAGUAUAGAAGUGAGUUUGCUCGCUGUUUAGAGUCUCUGCUACAGAUAGGACCCCGCCGUCCUCCAUCUGUCUCUGGGUCCAUAAGUGUCGUGACAAGGCUCCAGUCCCCUUUGUCGUUAGCCUGUCGCUCCCCGUCUCUGAGUGAAAUGCCUCAGGGCUCAGUGUGUGGGCGAAGGUCCACAUCCCACCGCAACAUCUGCACCAAGGUCCUACUGGCUGAGGGCAGGGAAACGCCCUUCACCGAACACUGCCGCAGCUACGAGAGCAGCUACAGGAGUCUCCAGACUGAGAUCCAGAGUCUGAAGGAUCAGGUCCAAGAGCUGCACAGGGAUCUGACCAAACAUCACUCCAUCAUCAACACAGAGAAGAUGGGUGAGAUCUUGGACCGAUCGCUGCACAUCGACAAUCAGAUCGCAGCUCAGCACUCCACAGUGGAAACCAUGAGAGUCAUGUUUGAAGAGAUCUGGGAUGAAACUUUUCAGAGAGUCACUAAUGAGCAGGAGAUCUAUGAAGCACAACUUUUCGACCUGAUGCAGCUGAAGCAUGAGAACUCUUAUCUGACCUCCAUCACCAGGCAGAUCAGCCCGUACAUUCUCUCCAUUGCCAAAGUCAAAGAACGGCUCGAGCCAAGAUUUCAGGAGCCUGAAGAGAAUCUCGACGACCGCACUGAAACGAUGCUUAAAAUCUACGAAGAUGGCGCCGCAGCGAGGGAGAGCCCAGACAGCUCCAGCCACGGUGGCGUCACAGAUCAGGACAAAAUUAAGAUCAUGCGGCCGCUGAUGUCAGAGGCGGCGGAGAUGCCUGUGAAGAUCAGAACAGGCAGGCAGAGGUGCCCCUCGGAGACAUCUGGGAACAGCGACGUUCCUUCGUGAACACCCUUUCAGCUCCAGUGGAGCAACAUGCCAUAAACAAGCCCAUGAGAUGGGUCCACUAAUAACACACCACCUGACAUCUUCUCAGCAGCAGGGAGCUUCUAGGUGAGCUCUUGGACUGACACUAACCGGAUGGACAUGAAAACCAAAGACUCCCAGCUGUCCAAACACGACGUUCACAGCCACCUUUCUGCUUUAAGAGGAGGGGACGGCUUUCUCAAGACGGCAGAGCCUAAAUGAUCUUAAUCUGUAUCACAGUUUCAUCGAUUCACAUUUUGGCUGUUAAAAUCAGAACUGUGGGAUGUUUGUUCAGCCAUUUCUUUUAUUUUUUACAAAUGAGUCAAAUCACUUCUUGUAAGAUUACUAUUUUUGGGGAGAUGUUGGUCGAGGAGUGAUGGAUGAGAGCCUGCAAUUCCCAGAUGGUAGUUGAACCUGUGUGACAGCACAUCGGGAAUGUGGUCAUUUGCAAUCAUAUAUAUGUAUGUGUGUGUGUGUGUGUGUGUGUGUGUGUGUGUGUGGUUUGUGGUGUCAGCAGAGAUUGCAUGGUCAUUCCUGUCAGAGGCAUCACCUCAUGCAUCUCUGUCUUUUGAAAUGAAGCAGGAUCUUUAGAGUGACUUUUAGCGCUUUAAUUUUCUCACUCACAUUGCUUCAGUUCAGCUAAGGCUCACAAAAAUAGUUUGGGUGGUAUUUAAAGGCACAGUGUGUAAUAUUUUUACGUGUUUACUAUUAAAUUCUGUGUGUCUGUUCACAAA